AUGCAAAAGCAUGCCGAGAUAACAUAUUAUGUGGUGAAAGCAUGGGUGAAAUUUCUUGACCUUCAAAAUCAAAAUUUGUAUCGAGAUCUGAAGAAAGUUCAAAUUUACUUAAAUCGGCAGGAUUGUUAUUAUCAUAGAAUAGAACAAUUGUUUUCAUUGACUAUUUAUAAUAAUAAUACUUUAAUAAAUCUUGAUGUUACAAAAUCCAUUCUUUUAUUUGGACCUUCAGGAUCAGGAAAAACUCAUAUAAUUCAUGAAUUAAGUGAUAAAUUUAAUGUAAAAUUAAUCACAAUAACAAUUGGAGAUUUGUCUAGUGAAUUUCCUUUGGAAUUAGAAAAAGGAUUAGAUCAAUAUUUUUCAAUGUGUUCUAAAAAUCAACCAAGUGUUUAUGAUACCACCACAGCUGCGACUCCUACUCCUGCUACUACAAAUAAUAAUGUUCCAACUUCAUCAACUUGGAAGCCAUUUGCCAAAGAUAUAAUGACACAACCAGAUCAACCAACUAUAACAAGUAGAUUACCUACCAAUAAUUUAGCAAUCGGUAUUCCUUUAGCUACUACUACUACGAGUUAA